AGCCAACUAUCAUUUUCUCUCUCCACCUCUCUCCCCCUCUCUCUCUCUCUCUCUAAAAACGCUCUCAUUUUGCCGUCGUUUAAUCGGCGAAUCUUAUUUAUUCGAUUUAUUGAAUUUUAAUUCUUCUGCUACAUAUCCUCCUGUAAACCGAUCUUCUCGCUUAAAAUUCCCUGUCAGACGCAUUAAUGGCCAUCCGAUCUAUCUCGUGAUCUUCGCCCAACAUCAAUUUUUCCGCAAGGGUGAAUAUUGGUUCAUUGUUGCUGUUGAGGUUGCGAUCCAUUGCUUGAUUGAUCGAGUGGAAUUUUUUAAGAGACAAAAGGAAGAGAAGGAAAGGGAAUUUUAGUGCUUCGAAUUGCGUGCGGAAUCCGUGAAAUGUCCGGCCCACUAGAUCGGUUCGCGAGACCUUGCUUUGAAGGGUUCUCUGGCAGUGAUGAGAGAAGAGAGAGAAAAUCUGAUUUUGAAAACUCUGAGGAUGAGAGGCGAACCAGAAUCGGUUCAUUGAAGAAGAAAGCCCUUAAUGCUUCCACUAAAUUCAAGCAUUCUCUGAAGAAAAAGAGCAGUAGAAGAAAAAGUGAUGGUCGAGUCAGCUCUGUAUCAAUUGAGGAUGUUCGAGACGUUGGGGAACUUCAGGCUGUUGAUGAAUUUCGACAGACAUUGAUCAUGGAUGAAUUACUUCCAGACAAGUUUGAUGAUUAUCAUAUGAUGUUGAGGUUUUUAAAAGCAAGGAAGUUUGACAUUGAAAAAGCAAAACACAUGUGGUCCGAUAUGCUUCAAUGGAGGAAGGAAUUUGGUACUGAUGCUAUAGUGGAGGAUUUUGAAUUUAAAGAGUUUAAUGAAGUAUUGAAGUAUUAUCCCCAUGGUAAUCAUGGUGUGGAUAAAGAAGGGAGACCUGUUUACAUUGAAAGGUUGGGAAAAGUUGAUCCGCAUAAACUUAUGCAAGUUACAACUAUGGAUCGGUAUAUAAAAUACCAUGUGCGGGAGUUUGAGAAAAGCUUCGCGAUAAAGUUUCCAGCUUGUACCAUUGCUGCAAAGAGGCAUAUAGAUUCAAGCACAACCAUUUUAGAUGUUCAAGGCGUGGGUCUUAAGAACUUCACCAAGAGUGCACGGGACCUCAUCAUGCGGCUACAGAAGAUUGAUGGUGACAAUUAUCCUGAGACUCUCCACCAAAUGUUUAUCAUCAAUGCUGGUCCUGGGUUUAGAUUGCUCUGGAACACUGUAAAGACUUUUCUAGAUCCCAAAACCACCUCGAAGAUUCAUGUUCUUGGAAACAAGUAUCAGAGCAAAUUGCUUGAGAUAAUUGAUGCCAGCGAGUUGCCAGAAUUUCUUGGUGGUACCUGUACCUGUGCGGAUCAGGGAGGUUGCCUUCGGUCCGAUAAGGGACCAUGGAAAAACCCUGAAAUAUUGAAGAUGGUUCUCAAUGGUGAGGCACGGCGUGCCAGGCAGGUCGUAAAAGUUCUAAACAGUGAGGGGAAGGUUGUUGCUUAUGCUAAACCACAUUAUCCAAUGCAGAUUAAAGGUAGUGAUACAUCCACUGCUGAGUCAGGAUCUGAGGCUGAAGAUAUUACUUCCCCUAAAGCACUCAAGAGUUAUUCCCAUCUUCGGUUGACUCCUGUUCGUGAAGAAUCUAAGGUAGUCGGAAAGGCAAGCUUUGCUGGCAACUUCUCAGGGUACGAUGAAUAUGUUCCUAUGGUUGACAAAGCUGUUGAUGCUGGUUGGAAAAAGCAAGUGUCCAUCCAGAGGCCUUCUGUUUCCAAAGCGACAGUCACUCUGCCUAAUACUCCAAAGACUCCAGAAGGAAUUCGUGUUAGGAUCAUGGUAGCAGUUAUGGCUUUCUUCAUGACACUUUUAACACUUCUCCGAACACUAGCAGUCCGUGUUACUAAGAGGCUUCCCUAUGCCUCAUCUGAGAAUGAUCAAAAUUCGCCUGAGCAUUUCUUGGAUGCAACAAAGGAAGAAUUUCGUCCUCCUUCACCAACUCAUGCUUUUACUGAGGCAGAUCUCCUCUCCUCUGUAUUGAAAAGGCUAGGUGAGCUUGAGGAGAAAGUCGAUACAUUAAAAGCAAAGCCAUCAGAGAUGCCUUACGAGAAAGAGGAAUUGCUAAAUGCCGCUGUUUGUCGUGUGGAUGCCCUAGAAGCCGAGUUAAUUGCUACUAAAAAGGCUCUGCAUGAAGCUUUAAUGAGGCAAGAAGAAUUGCUUGCAUACAUAGACAGUCAAGAAGAAGCCAAGUACCGGAAAAAGAAGUCUUGCUGGUAAUAUGUUUUGCCAAUGGAGAGAAGACUUUGAUGGCUUCUUUACUGGCACUAAUUUAAUUGUGUGGAGAGAAGUUCUUAACCUACAAGCUACCUUGUUGAUUGUGCUGAGGAUACACUUCCUAAUGAAUUUGAGUUUCCGUUGAUUGCAAAUGAACAAAGACGUUGUUGUAUGACUACCAUCAAUCUCAAAUCAUGUUCGUGUGGUUUGUUUUGUCCAAUUUUAUGCAUUUUCCAUGUAUAUUUUUCUAAUAUGAAAUUAUUAAUGCAUUUGACAAUUGUUAAGGCCUUGAAAUACUCAUAUUUAUAUUAUAUAUCGUUUGAGCGCUUGGUUUGGCACAGAAGCCUUAA